GCGCUAGCGCUGGCGAUGGCCAUGUGAUUUGCGACCCUUCGGAACAUUCGGAAAAUUCCAGGAACUCUCAAAGUAAAUUCCAGGAAGUUCCGUUUUGAAAAGUGGAAGCACUGUCGCAAGCACUACUGUAGUGUCGCGAAGGGGCUCGGCCUAAUUUUUUAACUGGAUAUUUUUUGUGAACUAUCAUCGAACUUUUAGCUAGUUUUCCAUUGAAUUUGACAUACCGGUAGUGCUGUACGGUACCGGUGAUCAGGCAUCAUCACCAGACACCAGAGCCAGAGCUAGAGGCAGAGCUUUGGACACUGAUUCUUUGCUACUGCACUGGAUAGCCAAGAAGAAUACGUCGAAAGUGAGACUGACUAAAGUUAGAGAGGAUGGACAAAUUCAUCAAGACAUUGCCAUGGCAUUGGAACUAAAUGAUUAAGAACAAAUAAAUGGAAUUGGUCAUGGAUGGAGGAUUAAAUAAAGAUAACAAUGGACAUGAUGGAGAAUUUAUGUCGGAAUAAGAUGUUCGCAAAAUAAACCAACCCGGUGAGGUGUUGCUUUGUUUAUUUGGUGUAGGGCCUAACAAGCAACUGAAGUGUAGUAUGCUUCAGCUGGCAAAAACUGAAAAGUGUUUGCGUGAACAUGCAACAAAAGACGUUCAUCAGCAUCAGAAAAGCAGGUGUGCAAGUACCUCGAGCGAAGUUCGUGCAGGCUCCACUCCACUUCACCGCUACUACGUACUAGUCUACGCUCCACCUACCCGAACUUCGAGACCGUGAACUCGAUCUGAUAUUCCGAGUCACAAAGUCAUUCAGGUGCAGCAGCUACUACCUCUGGAGUGAUGCCCUCUACCAUGAAUGCUAGAGCAGAGCCUUCUACAAGGAAUGCUGGAGCAAGGUCUCUUAAUGGAGACGCUGGAGCAGAGCCUCCUCGGAAUGCUGGAGCGGAGCCUCCUACUAGAAAUACUGGAGCAGGCUCUCCUAAUGGAGACGCUGAUGGAUCGGAGCCUCCUAAUAAUGGGAAUCCAAGAACAGUACCUUUUUGCCGGAAUAGGGCCGUGCCUGAUAAUGGUAACAUUGACAAUACAGGUGACUAAAAUAUGCCAACUAUUAAAUUUAAUUCAUAUUAAAGUUUACUAUAAAUACUAACAUUAAUUCAUAAGGUGGAGUCCCCGUAAAUAAAGAUUUUACUGUAUGAAUUUUAAAAAGAGAGAGAAUAAAAACCAAUGCACACAUAGUUACAAGGAUACAUAUUGAAUGUAGGAUAUUAAGGCCACUGCACUGUUGAUUAUUAAAAAUGCCUUGCUCAUGGCAUGUGUCACAAAGUCACCAAGAAUCUUAAUCUUAGAACCAUUUUAAAUAAGCACUUUUAAUAAUAGAGAUGGGAAUCUUAGUAAUCUUAACAAUCCUAGCAAUCCAUACUAACCCAGAUAAACAAUAGGUUCUCAGGCUAGAGUGGUCUGGUGGAAUAAGAGAGGUAUGUUAAUGAUGUGUGCAAUGAGCCAUGCAUGAAUGCUGCUGUAUGUUGCAUGUGCUUGCCACUGGGUAGAGCAAUUUUGACACUGGUCAAGACAGGACCUAUGUGCUGAGUGAGUGACUGGGGAGUGCAUGAUUAGAGAUGUACAGCACCUAAAUACCUAUAUAUUUUGGGUUGGCAUCGACGGAAGACCGGGCAAGACAGGCCAGGAAGAAGACUCCUCUUAGCUCCACAGCAUGGCUCUGACACCACGGUCAGGCAGCUGGGUUUCGAUUUCGACUCCAACUCCGAUUUCAAUCGGGAAUACGAUGAUUCGAAUUAUUCUGGGACAAGUCCUCCAGGAUGGACUCUGUUCAACAACCAUGAUGCGAGUCUUGGUCUACUAGACGCGUAGCAUCAGUAUAUUUUUCAUUGAUACUUCAACUACAAGCUUUCGUCGAGGAUGAAACGCGAUGUGUUCAUUGAAGGCCUGGGGGGCGUUUCAUCAAUAUUUUCGUCCGACAAGUUGUCAGAUCUGACAACUUUCCUGGAUUCUGAUUGGUUGAGAAGCACUGUUACUAUAGUAACUGUCGGAUAAAACAGGACUUGUCGGAUAAAACGUCCGACAAGUCCUUUCAUGAAACGCCCCCCUGAUGUAAGAACAGUCCAUUAUGAGUUGAGAACAUUCGCGGACACUUAUAUUUUUUGUUAAUUGAUUUAGCUGCAGACUCAUACAGCGCAAUUAGCAAUUUCUUUAAGAUUUUAUAGUAAUCUAAAUUAUGAGUUCAAGUAUAAGUUGGGUACUUAAAUUAUUGCAGUACACCAGUUGUUUACUUAUACCAAAAAGGAAUAAUUGUUUUUCAUAGGAAGAACUGGAAAGUGAAACAUGUGCACAAUUCACUUUUUGGGAACAUGAUUGAUAGACAAUUGUAAUCUGAAUAUUUUAGGUCAGAUUGAAUCAUUCACAUCUGAGCUUGCAUGUAUAUGGUUUAUGUAAAUGGAGAUUGUUUAAUUUGUUAAUGUGAAAAUCAAUGAAAUAAUGUUCAUUCUGAGGUUAGAGAAAACCGAUUGAAGAUAUGUGAUUAAUAAAUCACAAUUUCUUGAUUUGAAUAUAUCUAUCAAUGCAUUGAAUUUGAUUUAUUAUUGUUGUGUAAAUUCUUAGUCAACAUAUCUAUAUAACCAGAAUAGCAUCUAUCGCCAGAUAAUGCAAAACAGUGCAUGAAUCUGACAGCAUGGGCAUAGGUGCUGUGGCUGGGGGGUCGAACUCCAGACUUUCUACAUGUACAGUCGGGCGCUUUAGAUUACUCAACCACCGCAUCUCUACAAGUAGUUUACCUGCUCUCUGAUGGCUGGAGACAGUCACUGCCAUAUCAUGACCAUGAGUGGGUGUCCAACACUUUCUUCAAAAGGUCAGCAAGAGGAAGAGCUGAAUUCGAUAUGUCCAAGAUCACCCAGCUGUGGUUCCACCCUGCUGAGCCAAUGACCUUCCAGGGCAAACCACCCAAGCCCAGUCCGUACUUCGCAACCCGACUCUUCCUGUGGAUGCCUCGCAAGCUCUGGCGAGUGAAGCUGGUCUGUCCGCGCGAGGAGUGCUACGGUCAGGAGCUUACAUCGGCCGGGGUGUAUCCCACCGUGCGGCCUGUCCUGAACGUAGAUGGAUUCUACAAUUUGGCAGGAGAAUACCUGGAGUGCCGUAGAUGUAAGGGGAAGAUUAUCAGUUGGAGUAAGCCAGUCUUGGAUCAACUUGAUCCUUGUCACCGGAUACAAUUCCAAGUGGUGCUCACUUAUAGAUUUGCUUGUGACAUGAGCAUUAUUACCAUGAUGCGUGACAGGUCACGUGGGAACAGCCCCCUCCAGAUGUUGCGAAAGUUGAGAGAGACCCACACCGUCGCUUGGCUUAGGAAGACCGCCCUCUACCUAUGCGCUGUUAAAAAGUUCACCGCUGACAGAGAGAGGGAUCUCGUAGAUUGUCCACAGUGUACACCACCACCCAAGAUGCCCUCGCUUCCCACGCAUAGUUGGCUUCUCGGGGUCUACCACAACGAUGUUAUGGAGCGCAUUGACGUAAUUAGGGCGAGCAUCACGUCGGUAUUUGGACGGAUUCUCAAGAUUGAUUCAAAGAUCACAAAAAAAAUUGCUGGCGAGGGUUCUGGGAUUGCCACUUGGAAAACAAAUGUCGGGAAUGAGCAUGGACAGAUUCUGAUGUCUGUUUUGACUGAUGCCGGGGGAGUAGGUCUCCACCGCAUGACCCAUGGCAUUGUGAAACGAUAUGAAGAAGCCAACCAGCCACAUCCAGAGCUCCUGUAUGUGGUUAAAGACUGCUGCGGAGAAGAGUCCAAGCUUUUCAGAGAGUGGCCCGACGUACCGGUGCGACUGGACAUCUGGCACUUCAUGACCAGGCUUGGAAGAGGAUGCACCAACAAGCAACAUCCACUGUACCGUUUCUUCCUGAGACGGUUGUCAGACUGCAUCUUCACAUGGAGCGCCGAAGACAUAGACAAGAUUGUGAGGGCAAAGAGGGCGGAACUAGCAAAGAAGCAUAUCACUGGCCUAUCAAUUAAUGACAUCAUCAAGAGGAUAGGGCGGAAAGAGUUGACAAAGCACUGCAGACGGGCGACCAGAGGCACAGAGGAGACUACUCGACUCAUUAGAGAUCUACUAGCUGCCUUGGACGGAGAUCAAGGGCGCGACACCCAUGGCAUUCCCCUCUUUGACUCUGAUAAGAUCCGGCAGAUUUGGGAGUCAGAGAAAAAGCAUGUUGCCUGCAUACAGGAUCCUCCUGGCGUUGCACUGUACACUAAGACGGGAGAGAUAGUCAAGGGUAGUGUCUUGUUGCCAUUGGUCAAGUGUGCCAGAGGGAUCACAUCACUGGAAUCCUUUCAUCUUCAUCUGAACCGGUUCAUCCCUGGGACAUCAGCUAACAAUGUCCACUUCCAGGCCUACCUGCUUGAUGGGAUACAUCGCUGGAAUUGUGACCGUGCAAGGGAUGCGCUGGGUACCGCUGUACCCUCCCAUGUGUCAUACGGCUCCUUCUACGAAUCCCACAUCAACCGGUUGACGGAGGAGCUGUUUGGCCACAAGAUAAAUCCAACACUCGUAGCACCAUGGGAAUACACCAGUAAGAUUCUAUAUAACUUUGGACUAGGAAUACAAUUCAAAUGUUCUGAAUAGGUCAUCAUUACUUAGAAUGAGAAUAUAUUUUUUUUCCAUUAGUCAGAUAGUCAUAUCUUUGUAAGAAUCGACAGAAUUUCCU